AUGCCGACCCGCUACCCAGGCCGAGACGUCGACCCAGCACCCUUGGGCGUGCCCCUCGUAUUCCCUUUCUCCACCGCGGUCGCCCCCAACCGCUUCAUGAAAGUUGCCAUGACCGAGCGCAUGGCGACCUGGGACCCAGACGACAUGAGCGCAAGUGGCAUCCCCACGGUGCGACUAUGCAACCUCUACGGACAUUGGAGCGACGGCGGCUGGGGUACCAUCGUAACGGGUAACAUAAUCGUUGACACGACGCACCUCGAAGCUCCAGGGAACAUGAUCAUCACACCCGAUAACCCCUUUUCCGGUCCACGCUUCGAAGCCUAUAAAAAACUUGCCGAGGCCGGCAGACGCGGCGGCGCCGUGUUCCUAGGCCAACUCAACCACCCAGGACGCCAGACCGCGGAAGAACAUCAGCUCAACCCCGUGUCAGCAUCAGACGUACAACUAACAAAAGGGUACGGCGCCAUGUUCCGCUACGGCAAGCCCCACGCAGCGUCGGCGGACGAGAUACGCGACAUAAAAGCGUCUUUCAUCCACGCAGCCGUAUACCUCGAGCGCGCGGGAUUCUCGGGUAUACAGCUGCACGCCGCGCACGGGUACUUGUUUGCGCAAUUCCUUUCGCCGACUACAAACCUGCGCACGGACGUAUAUGGUGGCGCUCUUGAGAACCGCGCGCGUCUGAUCACCGAGAUCGCGGACGGGAUCCGCGACGCCACGAGCCCUGCCUUCCUACUCGGCAUCAAGAUCAACAGCGUCGAGUUCCAGGAUUCCGGGUUCGCGCAGCUCGAAGCCACGGCGCUAGUGCGGCUCCUCGAAACGCACGGGUUCGAUCUAAUCGAACUUAGCGGGGGCACGUACGAGGCGCCGGCGUGGCAUCACAAGAAGGAAAGCACGCGGCGACGAGAAGCUUUUUUCAUCGAGUUCGCGGAGCUCAUCGUACCGCACGUUAGGCGCACGCGGUGCUUUAUAACAGGAGGGGUCCGAACCGUAGGGGCUAUGGUUGACGCGCUGGCAAGCGGGUUGGACGGAGUCGGGUUGGGGCGGCCGAGCACGACAGAGCCAAGGCUGCCGCGGGACGUGCUGGUACACGGGUGUAAGGGGUGCAUUAAGCCGUUGGUUGGCGACACGAACGUAAUUGGCGAGCAGAACUCCUGGGCGCAUGGCGCCUCGCUAGCCGGCGCUCACAUGCGUCAGAUAAGCCUUAACCAAGAUCCAGUCGACCCGUCGGACCGGGCCACAGCGGAUGCUUUCCUCGAAGGCUUUCGGAGGAUCGAAGGCGUGGCGACAAGACCGUACGGGGCUGUAGAAGCAUUGAUAGCAUGA